CCCACAGAAUCCGCAUUCGCGAUGUCCACCCAAAGCAUGUCCGUCCAAUUCCGCUACGCCGACGACAUGGGAUUCGGCACGGAGGAGACCCGCGAUCAGGUGAAGAAGAUCAUCCAAGCAGACACCGGCUCCGACAUCUGGGCGAGCACGCGGAAUAUCCCCCCGACUCACUUCUUGACGUAAGUUUCACCCUGGAAAUCGUUAAGUUUAUGGAAGGUGGGGAAAAGGAGGGAAUUGUCGGUUUUGGCAGAGAUUGCUUAUUUCUUGACUUCGGGUUCAGGCUCUCUGGGAAAGCAGUUGAGGAGCUGCGGGCGGU